GAUUGACAUUGACAUGACAUUAUUUUAUUUUACAUCGACGGUUGGCGGUUUUUGUAGACAUUGCGCUUGAUGUUUGUUGUGAAAUACUAAUUUGAAAUGUUUUAACUCUUUACCAAAACGUAGAAUAAAAAUGAAAAACUUAAUCAUAUCAAUUGAACGACUUCCAUUACUUAGUGAUGUGAAAAAGUUAAGCAUAUCAGUUGAACGACUUCCAUUAGUUAGAGAUGUGAAAAAGUUAAGAAUAUUAGUUGAGCGACUUCCUGAUUUUAAUAGCAAUAUGCCGAAAACCAGAAAAGUCGUAAAUGCAAAAAGAAAGAGUCCUAGGAAGCCUGUACCUAACAAGAAAUACCAGCAACAAAAUGUAUAUAACAAAGACGUACCUCCGAAAAAGUGUUAUACUGAGGAAAGCAACAACGAACGAGGGCUACAAAAAGAAAAGCCACAACAGAAUGUUAAAAAUACAAAAAAUAAGAAAAUCGAAGAAAGACAAGAAUUUGAGAGUAAAAUUAAAAAGAAUCUCUUGAAAAGUCAAAGUAAAGAAAGUGCUCCAUUGGUGAGUAGGCUAAGGAAAUUUGAAGAUGUAAAUUACUUUGAAUCUAGUAUAGAAGAAACUCCUGUUAAAAAUAUCCAUAUUAAUAAUGGUGUUAAAUCUAAAGUGCCUAUUUAUAGACAAGCAUUUUUAGUGGAAACUAAAACAAAUCUCAAAGAUCCUUAUGAUCUUGAUAUUGAUACCGAAAAGGAGAAAAGACAGAAACCUAAAAGAAAUAACUCUGGCAAAUUUGAUAAAACUUCAUAUGAUAUAUUGUCCAACAUAAGGAAAAAAGAAAAAAUAGCUGCUAGGAAAAAAAGAUUAGUUCAGAAGAGUCCUUCAAAAUAUGAUAAACAUAUCAAUAAAGCUUUGAACAGAGUAAUGAUGAAAGUAAAAGCAAAAAAAGUUGUUGGUGAAAAUACUGAUACCCAAGUUGUUACAAAAAAGGCCCCAGAAAUGUUGACAUUAAGCCUACACCAAAAUAAAAACAAAAUUGUAUCUCAAAAUGAACUCAUUUCAGAAAAAACUGUUUUUGGAAAUUCUGUUGGACAUCAUUCACAAGAAGGUUUUCUUGGUUUUAAUAAUAAUGCAACAAAUUUGUCCAGUGAUCGGCUCAGUAUGUUCUCUAAUGUCUUACAGCAGAAUUCACAACAUUGUAAUCUUAAUACAUCACAAAAUAUUUCAACUAUUACAACUAAUGCUGUAAUUGAGUAUCACAGCACACCAAAGCUAAAAAGAUCUGAAAAUUCUCGAAUUAAUAUUGUAAGUGAUAUUUCCAUUAGAAACAAUAUGAACAGUAGUUUAAAGAAAAAAUUCUUUACUACUGAUUUGAUAGAAGAAUCUCAUAACUUACGUGAAGUCUUUCAUAAUAGCAGUCAUCUUCCAAACAAUCAAUCUGUUAUUGAUGCACACAGUGACCAUACCUUGCAGAAUGAUGAACAAAUCUAUGAACAUUUAGGAACUGAUGAUUAUGAUACCGAAUCUGAAUUGGAUGAAGAUGAAUAUUUUGGAUUCAAAGAAAGUAUGGGAACUUCACCAGUGAAUGUAAAUUUUAGGAGGAAGUGUAAUCUGAUGCGGCUACCAUGGCGCUUCCAAGGCUAUUAUAGACGCAACCCCCACAUUUUGAAGAUAAAGAAGAAUGGCUUACCAUGCAAUCAACAAGAAAUGGUUAUAGACCAUGAAUUUGUUAAGAGAAUAGAAAACCUUUCUGCUAAUAACAUUAAUAAACUACCUGAACCUGCCUUACCGAAACCUCCAGUACAAACAACCAUGUUACAUUUUGUUGAAACCACACGAGAACAUGUCGAACAACCAACGAGACUUAGUUUGUUUGAUUACGAAGAUUUCGAAUUUGCCAAACUGCCAAGAAAACCUUUAAUGGAAAUUCAACCUAAUCAAAUUGUUUCAACACCCAGAAAAGUUAUAACGAGUGAUUUAGAAUCUCCUAAUAUGUCUAUUAUCCCAUGUAAUGAAGAGAAUGAAAAUUUGGUACCGCGAUAUUACAAUAGAAAAGCGUUAGAAAAAAAGAGAGAUGAACAAAAAGAAGGACGCGUAGAUCUCUUACCUCCUAUUUUAAACGAUCAAAAUGAUGAUGUUACUGAUUCUGAUCAGCACUUAUUCGAAGACCCGGAAGGUGAAAAAAAUAUUGAUUAUAGCAUCAAAUUGCCAACUAUUCGUUAUGGAAACCAGAAGAAACGCAUGCGUGAUGGAGCUGAUAAAGAAAAAAUAUCUAAGAAAAAGAAAAAAGACACAAUGACGAAAACUGAGGAAGCUGAAUAUGAAGCUUGGGCUACAAAAAUUAACAAAAGAUUUGCAGAAGAAGAUAGGCACGAACUAACUAUAGAAUAAGUUUUUUUUAUGCUUUUACAAUUUUAUAAAAAAAAAAGUAUUAAAAAAGUGCCAUAGGUUUUUAAUUUUACAUUUAUUAUUAUAGUCCAUAGCACUUUAUUUUUGUACAACAAUAAUUAUAAAAGUUUAGUUUGAAUACAAAUUUUAUUUUAAUUUGCAUUUCUGUUUAUUUUUGUAAAUUUUAUUUAUUGCGUUCUAUUAAAUAGUGUUUGAA